AUAAGUGCCUCUACCGGAUUGGCUGAGCGGUUGUCGGGAGUGUUUACAGGAAACAUGGCUUCCCUGUCUGUUGGAGAGCUUCAAGAAAUGGAAGUGGACCGGAGGGGAGAGUCUGAGGAAUCUGGGGAUGAUGAGACCAGGAGGAAGAGCAUCAAUGGUGAUGUGGACCCCAAUCAGCCCACUACCACAAGUAAAGAAGAGUCUCCCGUUGACAUGGACACCAUAACCUUGGACCCUGAGGAAGAGGAUGUUGAUCUUGUUCACUGUCGUAUUGGAAAGAUUGAGGGACUGGAGGUGCUACAGAAGGCCAAAACACUCUCCUUACGACAGAACCUCAUCAAAAAGAUAGAAAACCUUGAAAGUUUGAGCUCACUGCGGGAGUUAGAUCUUUAUGACAAUCAGAUCCGCAAACUGGAGAACCUGAACAACCUCACAGAGUUGGAGCAGCUUGAUGUGUCUUUCAACAUGUUGCGGAAGGUUGAGGGUUUGGAGCAGUUGACUCAGCUGAAGAAACUAUUUUUGCUUCACAACAAAAUUACUGGCAUUAGCAACCUGGAUCACUUCAAAAUCCUGGAGAUGCUGGAGCUGGGCUCCAAUCGUAUCAGGGUUAUUGAGAACCUGGAUUCACUUUCAUCUUUGCAAAGUUUGUUUCUUGGCACUAAUAAGAUCACUAAACUUCAGAACCUGGAGGGUUUACAUAACCUCACAGUUUUAAGCAUUCAGAGUAACAGGAUUACUAAGAUUGAAGGUCUACAGAACCUGGUCAACCUAAGAGAGCUCUAUUUGAGCCACAACGGCAUUGAGGUCAUUGAGGGCUUGGAAAACAAUAAAAAACUUACAACCCUGGACAUUGCAGCCAAUCGAGUUAAGAAGAUUGAGAACAUCAGUCAUCUGACGGAACUGCAGGAGUUCUGGAUGAACGAUAAUCAGAUAGAGAACUGGUCAGAUCUUGACGAGCUGAAGAAUGCAAAGUCUCUGGAAACAGUAUAUCUUGAAAGAAACCCGCUACAGAAGGAUCCACAGUACCGGCGAAAGAUCAUGCUGGCGCUGCCCAGUGUGCGCCAGAUCGACGCUACCUUCAUCCGCUUCUAAACUGCAGUAUACAGUUGACCUGCCAACUUCACAGUGUUUUCCUUCACCACCCUGCCCGCCCAACAAACAAAACAGACUUCAUUUUAAAACACGUCGGCUUCACUCAAUCAUAUAGUCACGCCAUACACAAGUACACAUUCCAACAUGAGACUCACCCAUGGCUCACUCAACAUACAUGUAUGCAUGUAUGCACUCAUUCACACCUUGAUCUGUGCUGUUGUGUGGAAGCUUAUUUAUUUAUUAAGCUGGAUGUGAAAUGUGAAAAUGAUAUCAAAAACUGCUCGCAUUUCCUCACCUUUCCUCUGCACUUUUCCGUUUCUUGUUUUGCAUGUGGGACACAGUAUGGUACGGAGACAUCACUUUCACACCUUGAUCGUGCAGAGCCCAUGAGAAAAAUGAGAAAGUCAAAAAUCACAUAUUGAAGUUGCACUGUUAACACAAGACAAGUUGGCAUUUUUUAGUUAGAUUUUUUUGAGUUUAUUUUGGUUGGACAUGAUUGGACUGUUCUCACAAGAUAUAAAGAACCUGGAAAAGACAUGACAGUUACACCCUCCUGAAAGGGAAAAUUCACAAUAAAAUAUAAUCGUAACAUUUUAAUCCACAGCCUACAAUUGAUCUUCUCAUUUGGUUUCAUUACAUGUAUAGAGCCAGGCAUCAAACUUUGAGUUGGUUACAGGUAAAAUUAAUAAAAAAUAAUAAAUAUAUUUUCAUUUAAAAGCAAUUAGAGAUAAAGAAAGAACACCUUUUAAAACAAAAAAUGUAUGAAUUUAGUAUGCUGCUAACAUUUACUGGCAAAGGGCAGGAUUUGCAGCUCAUAUACCCAUUUCUUUCUAACGAGUGAACUUAUCAGUUAAAUAAAUGUCAUUAAAGUGUAAAAUUCUUUGCAAAUCAAUUUGUAAUCAGUGGUACAUCCUGUAUAUUUGUCUUAUCAGAAUACAUCACUACGCUUUGGUUCUUGUGACUUCAGGAAACUUUACAAAUGCAAAGUUACAGCAGGAAAAAUAGUAUCUUAAGAUUGUACUGACAUUUUGUACAAAAGGCAGGAUUAGAUAAUCUAAGGUUACUUAUGCUGUUGCCACAGUUAAAAAAUAUUCAAAUGUACUUUUUCAGAUCCUUUAAUGCAUUACAGACACAUUGUGUAUUGUUUUCAUUUGGCCUUAAAUGUUUCUUUUAAAAAGUUAUUGGCUAUGUUUACCCUGUUAUUUCCAAAAUCAAUCAUUAAGAAGAACACAUGAACUGAAAACCAAAUGACAUUUUCAUUUAGCUCCUCUUAUGAAAUUGUUGAAUGGAUUUAACUUCAUUUAACUUCUUAUUACAAUAUGGAAAAUGCCUCUUUUGUACAAAAAUUCCCACCUCAGGGCUCGAAGGUCAUAUGUUAAUGCUACAAGUAUUAGAUUUCUAUGCUUUGAUGGAUUCAGAUGGAAAGUGCUUCACCUAAGUACGGUGCUUUCUGUACAAUCUAAGACACUGACCAUGAUCAUCCCAUUGCUUUCAUUAGAGUUUGUAACGUACUUUCAAAUGGUUAAAGUGGCCUGUAUUCCCUCUGUGGGCCAGUAUUAUGCUUUAUUUUGUUUCAUAGGAAUGAAUAUAAACAGUUUUAAGUUAGAAUAUUGCAAAAAUGAAGGACAUUAUGCAUUGUUAAUAUGAAUGUAAUAUAAUAUGUUCAGUAUCAACUAAAGUUUUGACAAUUGGCCAGUGGGAGGUGUAAGUAGUGCAUUUGUAAAUAAUUUUGACAUACCAGAAAGUCAGUGCCAUCAUCACCUUCCCUUUGUAAAGGAAGUUUUUUUUUUUCACCAUAAUUUGUUUAUUAUCAGGCAGCACAACAGCAGAUUUGCGUCAGAUAUAGUAUAAGAAAAUUUGGCCUUCAAGGGUCAAUGAAUGCAGUUUAAAUUGCUAUAGCUACCUGGUGUCAGAGGUGAGUCUCCAGGUCUUAGACUUGGUUGACACUGUUUUCAAACUGAAUGUAUUAUGCAAAUAACAAUAAAAUUACACUACUUACAUU